UCUUGUUUAUUUCCUCUCUGAUUCAUUCUUCCGUCUCUCUCCGAUCUUAGCUUGCUUAGUUUCAAAAUGAAUGAAGUGUUCGGUACAACCUCUCUCGAAGAAGAGUUCCAAAUGAUCGAAUCAAUACUCAAGAAGUUCCCAUUCGUAAGAUCUGCUUCCGCUGAGGCACAUCAAGCCUUAACUCCGAGUGAUGAUGACAGUGAGUUAACGACGUUAGCUACAUCUGUUCACGCCGUGAUGUUAGAAUCUGGAUUCGUUCUGUUCGAUCCUGAUGAUAAGCUCAGCUUUUCGAAAGAGUUGCUUUCUGUAUCCCUUAGGUAUACUCUGCCUGAGGUAGCCGAGUCUGUUACUGUCACCGUGACGUUUCAGAGCUUAAGCGAUCGGGUUGUCGUUUACGGGUCUCUAGAUGGGAACGUGCGUAGAGUUUGUCUUGAUAAGGAUACUCUGAAGUCUGGUGGCAAAGAAGGCUCUAACCGUGAGGUGUUCAUGUGGUGGAGGACGGUGAAAGACGGUCUUGUUACUCCGUUGUUGAUUGGUCUUUGCGAUAAGUCCGGCUUGGAACUUCCACCGUGCUUUACGAGCCUACCAACGGAGCUCAAGGUGAAGAUUGUGGAGUCCCUUACGGGAGCGAGCCUUGCGAAGAUGGCUUGCGUUUGCAGAGAGACUCGGCGUAUGGCAUCGGGUAACGACUUGUGGAGACGGAAAAUAUGGGAAGAAGCUAGGCAUCUUCUUCUUGGGAGUGGAGACAGGGGCGAGGUUGUUGAUUGGAAGGCGAAGUUUGCUUGUUUUUGGGUGCACUACCGACAGAAACUGUCCCCAGUUGUACAACACGAACGAGAAACUUUGACGGACGUUGACAUGGCCAUGAGUAUAUACCAUAUGCUCCAUAGCACUUGUUUUCCUCGGGAUCACUUGAAUGGUUCCGUUGGUAUACACCGGGGACUACAGAGGCUUGGCCGACGUUGUUUUAGUCCCGGAUGUAAUCUUGGAGGAGGCAACUAGCUAUUUUAGUUCACAAAUGUCAAAGCUCAUGUUUGGGAUGUUGCGUUUAGAUUUUAUAUGUUUUGAGAACCUAUUACCUCGUCUUCCUGAUGUAAAAUAAUGUUGGGAUUCGUUGGCUUGCG